UGGCGAGGAAGCCGGGAAUUCCAUAGUUCGUGCUGUGCCGACCAAAACCCAACACACAACACUACAGUACUGGACACCGGCCAUCGAUCCACACACACUGCCGCACCUGCGAAGCGCUUACGACACAUUGCAUCCAGGCCACCGAGGAGGGAGACAGACAGAGAGACCAAAAGAAAAACUCGCACUCGCAUUCGCAUUCGAUUCGAUCCGACACGGUUCGACAAAAACACGCAACGCCACGAAAGCCUCCUUUCCCCGAAGAUCCCCGCACCGCACCGCACCGAAGCAAAGAAAAGCAAAGCAAAGCAAAACAAGCAAACCAUUCGAUGGGGAAACCAAGGAUCCAGUGGGCCGAGGUGCUGGUCACCGGGACCAAAAUCACCCCCCGGUACGAAGACCACGAGAUCGACGACCUCUUCUACCAGGAGGACGAGAUCGGCGAGAUGCGGCACACGGCCUUUAUGGUCGAGUGCGGCAUCGAGGAGGACCCGCCCGACGGGCCGGACGUCCCCCCCGUGCCGUGGGGGGAGGCCCUCGCCAAGCUCCGGGAGGAGGCGGCGCUCGUGGCCCCGGCGGAGCCUCCCGCCCGGCUUCCGCCGCUGACGAAACGGCCCCUGCAGAGGGAGCUCCCCAGCCGCUCGCGGUCGACGACCGCCAUCGGGAGACUGGCGGUCGAGCUCUCCCCGGGCCAGCACCGGGCCGGCACGGGCACCGGCAGGCCGUCGCUGGGCUCCGUCCUCGAGGAGCACCGGUCGCCGGUGGCAGCGGCUUCGGGUUCGGAUGCGGCAAAGGCUCUCGUCGCACGGCCCCCCACCCCGCUCCCGCCGCCGCCGAUGGCCGUCCCGGUGGCACCGCCGCCGUCCAGGGCAGAGCCCCCCCGCAAGGCCCUUUCCAGCGACGGGGUCAAGGACAUGGGCCUCAGCCUGGCCUUUGCCAGGAUCGAUCGGAUGGCGAUCCAGCAGCGGGAGGCGGAGGCCAGGGAUACACCGAGGAGGGUGCCCAACCGCAAGCUCUGCAAGACGCGCUCGGGGACCGUCGCCCUGUCGGCCAAGGAGGUCGACCGGAGGGUCAUGGCCCUCUCCCUCGACGGCAUCCUCAACGAGACGAAAAAGGGCCGGCCCGCCCCCGUGGUCCGCAAGAUGGUCUCCAGCAAGUCGGGGACCCUCCACAAGGCGCGCAAGAAAAACUCCAAGAAGACCGGGACCGACAAAAAGAAGGACGCCAAAAGCAAGACCAGCAAGAAAGAGAAAGAGAAGGCGACUACGCGGGCCUCCAAGACCGGCAAAAAGACCAAGGUGCCGAUGGAGAUCACCGACGACGAGGGGGGCAGCAGCCCCAAGGCCAGGUCGUCCUCCCGAACGUCGAGGUCCAAGUCCCGGGACAAAGACAAGAAACCAAAGGACAGCAAGGCCGGCAGAAAAUCCGUCACGCGGCAAAAAAGCGAGAGCUCGCGGACGACCACCUGCGUCUCCGACGACGACGACGAGGAAUUCCUGCAGUUCCUCGAGGACUUUGCCUCGCCGUCGGACGAGGAAUCCGUCUUUAGCAGCGACGUUUCCAUCUCCACCUGCUACGACAGCGACUCCUCCUUUGAGCACCGCAUGCCCCUCCGCGAGCGGCUGGCCGCAAGGGCACCCAGGGCACCCGUGCGGCGCCGGUCGCCCUCCAAGAAAAAGAGCUCGGGGAAAAAAGCGGCCUCGUCCCGCAGCGGCUCCGACACGGACGAAACCAAGGCCAAAAAGAAGAAAAAGAAAAAGAAGGGAGCGGGCUCGGACUACGACAGCGACCGGAAAGACCCGGAAAAGAAAAAGAAGAAGAAAAAGAGGAGGGAGUCGGCGAGCUGAUGUGGCGACCAGAGAAAGCCUUGCCCGCAGGGGAAAGAAUCAAGAGCCGGCAACACG